AUGUCUACUGAAAAUACUGAGCGCCCCAAGAACGCCGUUCGUGUGGGUUUUCACGGCUCUAAAUUUCUCUACGUUGACAUUACCAAGCACUUAUUGCAUGACGGUCAAGAGGAAGUAAGCAUUUCAGCUCUUGGAAAGGCUAUUAACGAAGCCGUAUCUGUCGUUGAAAUGCUCAAGGAUCAACAGAUGAUUACAGUAAAGCGAAUCAACACUUCUCGUGGAGGGGGCGAGGGUACAAGGAACAGUACCGUCGACAAGAUCGAAAUCGUUGUCGUCAAGGCACCUGGAUUCGAUGAGAAGUACAAGGAACAACAAAAAAUGCGUGAAGCUAAAAAGCUUGAGAAGGAAGACGCUGAAAAGGAGAAGGCUGCCAACUGA